UUGACCCUGUCGUUGUGGAUUCUAGUGCGCAUGCGUAACCCGGUGAGUUGCGGCCUAGUGGUUUGUCUGCGGGGCCGCGCUGCCGGUAAGGGGGGGAAGUGCGGAGGCCCAUUGUAAGUGGCGUUUGGAAUUGUGGAGGUGUGAGAAGCCCAGCCAUGGAAGCGGACUAUUACAGCCCCGAACACUCAGAUGACGGUGGUGCAACCCCAGUUCAAGAUGAGCGUGACUCUGAUGAUGAGGGAAAUAACAGACAACAUGGAUCAGAUGGUGAAAGUCCAGUGCAUCGAUAUGAGAAUGACAACAGCGAUGAUGACAUGAAAAGAGGAGGCAGCGGAUCUGAGAAUGAAGCAAAUGAUUCAGAAGAUGAUGAACCUAGGGAGCGAACAUCCAGCGAUGUAGAAAAUGGUAGCAAUAAUCGUAAUGCUAGUGACUCUGAAAAUGAAGAUGCUCAAAAUCACAUUGCCAGUGAUUCAGAUGAUGAGCCAACCAGACAAAAAGGCAGUGGUGAUGAUGAUACACCUGUAAAAGGAGGAGCCAGUGACUCAGAGGAAGAAGUAAGAUCUAGACAUUCUGGAAGUGAUUCUGAUGAGGACACACCCAGUAAAAUGCGCAUUAAUGAUUCUGAUGAUGAAGGGCAAGGUAAAACUGCAGCUAGUGAUUCUGAAGGUGACUCUCAAGCCAAGCAUGUGGAUAGCGACUCAGAAGAUGAGGCUCCUGCCAUGCGGGCAUCUAGCGACUCGGAAGAUGAGGCUCCUGCCAUGCGGGCAGCUAGCGACUCGGAAGAUGAGGCUCCUGCCAAGCGGGCAGCUAGCGACUCGGAAGAUGAGGCUCCUGCCAAGCGGGCAGCUAGCGACUCGGAAGAUGAGGCUCCUGCCAAGCGGGCAGCUAGCGACUCGGAAGAUGAGGCUCCUGCCAAGCGGGCAGCUAGCGACUCGGAAGAUGAGGCUCCUGCCAAGCGGGCAGCUAGCGACUCGGAAGAUGAGGCUCCUGCCAAGCGGGCAGCUAGCGACUCGGAAGAUGAGGCUCCUGCCAAGCGGGCAGCUAGCGACUCGGAAGAUGAGGCUCCUGCCAAGCGGGCAGCUAGCGACUCGGAAGAUGAGGCUCCUGCCAAGCGGGCAGUUAGCGACUCGGAAGAUGAGGCUCCUGCCAAGCGGGCAGCUAGCGACUCGGAAGAUGAGGCUCCUGCCAAGCGGGCAGCGAGCGACUCGGAAGAUGAGGCUCCUGCCAAGCGGGCAGCUAGCGACUCGGAAGAUGAGGCUCCUGCCAAGCGGGCAGCGAGCGACUCGGAAGAUGAGGCUCCUGCCAAGCGGGCAGCGAGCGACUCGGAAGAUGAGGUUCCUGCCAAGCGGGCAGCGAGCGACUCGGAAGAUGAGGCUCCUGCCAAGCGGGCAGCUAGCGACUCGGAAGAUGAGGCUCCUGCCAAGCGGGCAGCUAGCGACUCGGAAGAUGAGGCUCCUGCCAAGCGGGCAGCGAGCGACUCGGAGGAUGAGGCUCCUGCCAAGCGGGCAGCGAGCGACUCGGAAGAUGAGGCUCCUGUCAAGCGAGCAGCUAGCGACUCUGAGGAUGAUAUUCCUGCCAAGCAAGCAACUAGUGAUUUAAAAAAAAAGGCUCCUUCAAAACGAACAGCUAGCGACUCGGAAGAUGAGGCUCCUCCAAAGCGGGUUGUUAGUGACUCCGAAGAUGAAGCUCCUGCAAAGCGAGUUGUUAGUGACUCUGAAGAUGAGGCUCCUAACAAGGGACCAGCUAGUGACUCUGAGGACGAAGUUCCUGUUAAACGUGUAGCUAAACGUCGCAAAAAGCCAGCACGUGGCUCAAAGGGUAAAACUUCCAAAAAAGCAGAAAGCAGCUCAGAGGAUGAGGCGCCAACUCAGCGAGCAGCUGUUGACUCAGAUGAUGAAGCACCUGUGAAACGUGUAAAUAGUGAUUCUGAAGACAAACGUCGUUCCAAACCAGCACAUAGUGACUCAGAUGAUACACCUGCUAAGCAAGCUGACCAUAAUUCAGAAGAUGAAUUUCCAAGAAUGAAAAGAAAAAUAGUUUCAUCAGAUGACAGCGAUGAAGAAGAGGAAAGAAAACAAACAAAGAACAGAAAGAAAAGGUCACCACGCCGCAGUUCUGGAAGUGAUGCUAGCGAGAGUGAAAAAGCAAAGAAAAAGAAGACAUCUGACAGUGAAGAAGAAGAAAAGGUUUCAAAAAGGAAAAACAUUAUUUCUGACAGUGAAGAUGAUGAGGCUGCAGAUAAGCCAGCAAGUAAAAAGAGCCGUAUCCUCUCUGAUGGGGAAGAUUCCGACAGCGAAUCGGACUCCAAGAAAACUCCUAAGAAGAAGGCAAUGUCAUCUGACAGCGAGGAUGAAGACGGGGAUAAAUCUAAGGAGGAACCAAAGGGUGACAAGAAACUGUUUGGCAGUGACAGUGAAUCUGGGAAUGAGAAGGAAGAGAACCUAAUUGCAGAUAUUUUUGGAGAAUCUGGAGAUGAAGAGGAAGAAGAGUUUACAGGUUUUAACCAAGAGGAUCUGGAUGGGGAGAAGCCUGCGGCUCCAAAACAACAAGCAGAUGAAGAUUCGGACUCUGAUGUUGAUAUGAAAUCUGGUAAAAUAGGUGAUUUUAAAUCUGACUUUGAGAUGAUGUUAGAGAGGAAGAAGAGCAUGAGUGGUAAGCGUCGGAGAAACCGUGAUGGCGGCACUUUUAUAAGCGAUGCGGACGAUGUAGUGAAUGCUAUGAUUAUGAAAAUGACUGAGGCAGCAGAGGAGGACAGAAACCUGAACACCAACAAGAAGCCAGCACUAAAGAAACUAACCUUGCUUCCCACAGUAGUAAUGCACCUUAAAAAACAAGACUUGAAAGAAACCUUUAUUGACAGUGGUGUUAUGUCUGCAAUUAAAGAGUGGCUCACGCCUCUUCCUGAUCGAAGCUUGCCAGCUCAAAAGAUAAGGGAGGACCUGCUGAAGAUCUUGCAAGAGCUCCCUAGUGUAAGCCAGGAAACUUUAAAACACAGUGGCAUUGGAAGAGCUGUUAUGUAUCUGUACAAGCAUCCGAAAGAGUCAAGACCGAACAAGGAUAUUGCUGGAAAGCUAAUAAAUGAAUGGUCACGGCCUAUAUUCGGGCUGAGUUCCAACUAUAAAGGGAUGACUCGAGAGGAGAGAGAGCAGAGAGAUAUUGAGCAAAUGCCACAGCGCAAAAGAAUGAGUAGUACGGGUGGCCAGACACCUCGGAGAGACCUGGAUAAGGUGUUAACAGGGGAAGAGAAAGCGUUACGACCCGGUGACCCAGGUUUCUGUGCUCGUGCCCGUGUUCCAAUGCCUUCCAACAAGGAUUAUGUAGUCCGACCAAAGUGGAAUGUGGAAAUGGAAGGUUCUCGGGGAGGUCCAAAGAAAGGAGUGAGUCGAUUGGACAAACAGAUGAGGAAGUUCACAGACAUCCGUAAGAAGAGCCGAUCUGCCCAUGCUGUGAAAAUCAGUGUAGAGGGGAACAAGAUGCCAUUGUGACACCUGCUGUUCUCUUGUGUGUCAAAGAUAGUGAUGGGCCUCUUUAUGAACUCUUUGUUGGUCCCAUUAUACUAUCGCUAAACUGGACUCUGUGGAGCCUUUUGCAAUAUUUUUAAUGCAUUUUCCCUCCUCCAUGUAAAUGUGUUCUAUGCCUUUCAGGAGACCUGGCUGCUUCUGUGCUUUCCCAGUCAUGGAGAGAACUAGGCCACUGUUUUGGGGCCAUAUUUAAUGCUGUUUGUACAGAUUAAUUUCUCUUCGUACCUCAGUGUCUGGAUUUCGGACAAUAAAAUUCUAUCUUGUUUUUCUAA